CAGAGUGAGGACUCGCGUCUUGAUUUCUCCGAAACAUUUGUCCUCGCGUUCGCGUCGUUCUUUGACAGAUAACAGCUGUUUACAGCCGUGAGUGCGCACGUGGUCGCUUUUCGGGGAUUCGUCUCGCGAAUUCGCGGAUUUAACAAAGUAAUAUCUAAUUGUUAAAUCCGCGAAUGUGUUAGAUCCGGGAAUCAAUUCCGGAAAGAACGAACCUUCGAAAUUGUCGUUCCUAGUGAUUUUACUCGAUUUUUUUUAGUGAUUUUCGGUGAAACCUACGUUUCGACCACAGUAUUGGCCCCUCAUCAGGCUACAAUAGAUAAAUCACAAGACUAAAGUUAUAUAAAAAUUGUGACAGAUUCAAAAAACAAUGUUGAAUAAACUAACAUUAAAUUUAUAUUCUACGCGGAUAUAAAUUUAAUUAAUUUUACAUAAGGUUUCGACGAACUUUCUGCCAAGUAUUCCUCGGGAUCAAGCUUUUGGAGCAGAAUUUCGGGACGAAAAACUCUUCGUGAAUCUUCCGAGGAAUCAUGCGAGGCAACAUGGCGAGCCCCAAGCAAUCCGCGAACACGAGAAGCAACGAAGGACACAGGAGGGUCUGUCAAGAACACGCCGAAGAGGACUGUCCGAGCGAGAACGAGCGCGAGUUCGAGUCGCUGGAAUACGAGGAGGACGUUUAUUACUCGAAGCUGACGACGACGCCGAGCUUCGACGACAUCGACGAGCUCGAUGACGAUGAGGUGGACGAACUGGUGAUCCACUGCUGGCGCGAUUCGAACGGCGAGAUCGACGAGAUUGUCGUCGACGACGGCAACCUGGAGGCGGAACUUCCGCCGGAAGCGGGCUCGCACGACGGAAGAGCCAAGAAGAAGAAGAGGAGAUCGAUCCGCGUGAUCUUCCAGGACCUCUCGAAGCCCUACCUCGCCAAGAUUAGCAACAGUCAGAACUACAAGAGGUUCCUGGAGCUGGUAAAAGGAGAAGACGCCUCGCUUCACUCGGCUGGAUCUCUAUCGCCCUCGGAUAGUGUAACAAACGAGCUUCAAGGACUCACCUUGGAGGAGCAAGAAGAACGUAAAGCUGAAUGGAGCGCUCAAUUAGCUAAAGUCGAAGAGGAAAUACAGACUUUGAGACACGUCCUCGCUAACAAGAUCAAGGUUUCGCAGGAUCUGAAGAGGAAGCUGGGUAUCAGCGUUUGGAAAGAGCUCACCGACGAUGUUAAUCAGGGUCUCAAAAAUGUCAAGGAAAGCCACGUUUAUCAGAAUGUCGGCGAGACACUCGGUCGUAUAACCAGGACAGUCUCCGGGAACAAUUUAUACCAAAAAACAGAAUCUGUACUCAAGUCCACAGCUGAAAAGACAACCAGUAUCCUGGGUGGAUUUGGUAGUGGCAUUUCCAUGAAACUAGGCCAGAUGCGCAAUUCCGACAGCUUCCGGUCCUUAGAGGAGAGAGUUGGAUCCGCUUGCGAGAACAUUAAGACGAAAGUUGUGCCUUCGAGAUCCACCUCGCCGCAGAGCUUCGACGAGGCUCUCCGGGAAUCCGAAGCAAUGAGGCGUGCAUCUGCGGCUCCGUCGGUCACCAGCCCGAAUCCUGAGGACAAACUGCUCUCUUAG